CGUGUUAAUCAUGCGACCGGAUUUUCCCACGUGAGUAGUAGCUAUCAUGGCUGCUGUGGUCUGUGCGAGAGAAUGGCUGGUGAUGAGCAGCUCGCAUUGUUUAAUAGCUGUGAAUAUCAGAGAGAACAGGGAACCGUUCCUUUUUGACUGCACCAAAGCAGAGCAGAAACCAAAGGAGGCUGAAACUGACAAAAGCGAUGGUGGAGGUUCUCAGGAGAAAGGAAGUGACCAGAUUAUCGCUCUCGCCUUGUCAGCAUCAGGACAUUACGCUGCUCUGACGGAUGACAACAAAAGACUGGUUCUGUUUCGCACCCAACCAUCAUGGCAGUGCAUCAGCACAAGAUGGGUGGUACGCAGGUGUACGUCUCUGGUGUUCAGUCAGGCCGAGGAUGAGCUGUUUGUGGCAGAUAAAUCUGGAGAUGUAUAUUCAUUCUCUGUUCUGGAGCCACAGAAACCGAGUGAGCUGAAGCUGGGUCAUCUCUCCAUGCUACUGGGAAUUACUCUGUCUCCAGAUGACAAGUACAUCAUCACCGCAGACAGAGAUGAGAAGAUCAGAGUGAGCCUUUGCAGAUCCCCAUACAACAUUCAGGCCUUCUGUCUGGGACACACAGAGUUUGUCAGUGCCCUGUGUGUUCCAGCUGGGCAUCCUGAAUGGCUCCUCUCUGGCUCAGGGGACGGCACAGUGAAACUUUGGCAUUAUGAGUCCGGCCGGCGGUUACAGAGCAUCGACCUGCAGCAGCGUGGAGUUUCACAGAGCUCUGAUACAGACACUGAAAAGCCGCAGAGGUUUGCUGUGAGUCGGAUCAUCGGCUCGCCGGACGGACGUCAUGUCGCUGUGCAGUGUGAAAGUUUUCCCUCCAUUCAGCUCUUUGCAGUAGAGGAAGGAUCAGAUGGGCGUUUGACACCGACUGAGACACUGGCUCUGCCUCAAAAUCCCUGGGAUAUGACCUUUGACCCUCAAGGACGACUCUGGGUCUUACUGGAGAACGAGGACACAAAUGUACUUCUGUAUACAUACAAAGAUGAGCGUUGGCAGAGUGAGUCAGAAAGCCCUGAUCUGCAGAGAGUAUCAGAAACACUUCACAGCCAGUGGGAGCUCUUCAAAGCCUCCAUCGGUGUGGAGAGUCGGUUCCAUCACCUCUACAAGGUGAGCUUCGACAACAUGGCAUCGUAUUUACAGAAGAAAAAGGAACGACUGCAGCAGCAGAAUCAGCAGGGAGGAAAGAAAAGAGCAGCACGGCAGUCGAACGGGGCGACGAAGAAAAGAAAGACGGAGAACACGAGCGGAGCCGUUUCUGAGAAACGCAGCUCGGAGAGCUAGAACCCGCGAGAGACGCAGCAGAUUGAGGUUUUUAUUUGACGUUUUGCUGGACAUUCCUCUCCAUUCCAAUUUCAUCCUGUGUUUCACAUUCGCAUAUAUUUUUGGAAAUGCACAAAAUUUGAAAGGUUGAAAAAUGAAUUUUAAAAUAAAUGCUUGUGUUUGUUUUUGUUUUGUUUUGUUUUGUUUCCUGUACUACUGUGUGCAAAAUAUUUUUCGCCCUAAAGCUGAAUUGAACCUCACUCGAGCACGAUCUCUUAAUAUUUUCUUCUUCUUUUUUUUUUUUUUUUUUUUUAAACCAACCAUGCGGACUGCGCCUGUAUAAAAUGUCAUCACUAAAACUCUCUGAGAUCAUUGGUUUAUAUAACAUUUAAAAUUUUAAGUUGAGGAAUAAACGCAGCAGUUAAAGUGGCGUGUUACAGGUUUUCCAGCAGGUGGAGCUAUUUGAAAAGCUACUCAUUCAGUUUCAGCUUCAUUAUGUGAUGGUUAUAGUUUACGCUUCUUUUCUUUUCUUUUUUUUUUUUUUUUUUUUUUUUUUUUUAAACCUAGUAUUAUACGCUGGCAGCCUGCUGAACAGACUGAGUGUGCAACUGUUACAAAACAGACCACAAGAGCUGGAUGAUAUAACCGUAUUUUCAUUGUGGCGCCUACACGCUUGAUUAAAACGCUCACUUCACACUCA